UUUUCACUUUUCACGCAAUUGUAUAUAUGAGGGCUCAUAUUCCUUUCCGUCUGGCGGGAAGAUUCGUUAGGGCUCUACAAGAUUUCUUCAAUUUUCUCUGAAAUUGCGCCAAAUUUCUCACUCAUGCAAUGUCUAUCAGCGAGGAAUUCCAAGCUAAUAUUGAAGCCUUACCCAAUAUAUUACAAAGGAAAUAUGCGCUGUUAAGAGAUUUGGAUAAGAGCUUACAAGAAAUCCAGAAGCAAAACGAACAGCGCUGUGAGCAAGAAAUAGAUGAUAUGAAGCGUGGUAUAAAAUCCGGUACCAUCACUCCCAAUUCUUCCCUUCUCAAAUUUACAGAUGAUGCUGUAGAUGAGCAAAAACAUGCCAUAAGGAUUGCCGAUGAGAAAGUAGCAUUGGCGACUCAGGCUUAUGAUUUGGUAGACACUCACAUUCAACAGCUUGAUCAAUAUUUGAAGAAAUUUGAUGAGGAUCUUCGGCGUGCUGAAAGGGAGGCCAUGGCUGCAACUCCUCCAGCUCAUGAUAACAAUGUCAAAGCUGGAAGGUCCGGUGAAACUAGCAAUAGAGGGCGGAAGAAGACACGCCUUGCAACAGCAAAUGCAGCUGCCUCCUCAGCCUCUGCAACUGGUGCAACAACUGCAGCAAAUACAAGCAUGGAAUUAGAUCUGCCUGUUGAUCCGAACGAGCCCACGUAUUGUUUCUGCAACCAAGUGAGCUAUGGCGAAAUGGUUGCAUGUGACAAUCCCGAUUGCAAGAUAGAAUGGUUCCAUUAUGGCUGUGUUGGCCUUAAAGAACAGCCAAAAGGCAAAUGGUAUUGUUCAGAUUGUGUUGGGAGCCAAAGGCGUAGGAAAACGAGAUAACGCACUCUGAACUGCUCUGCCAACUAAUGUUUCCUAUGUUACUGAAACUCUCACAUUUCUAACUUUUUCUACAAGGUCACGACUGGAUUUGUGGAGUAAUGAAUGCAACUUUGCGACAGAAAUGUAAAGGGUUGGAUAUUGCCUCCUCUUGAUAUCUUGUUGUCACAAGUUCAUGCUAUAUAGGCACCCAUUGACAACUUAAUCUCUUUCUGUGUGUUUAAAUGAAACUCUGAUAUUAUAUUUCUAAGGGAAGAGUUGAGUUGUGCAGCUGUAUAACUUGUUGAUCAAUAAACAAUGAGAAUGGUGGAAAUAUCAAGAUUAGGUCUAUUCAUAUCACUUUUACACCAA